AUGCUGGAAAGACAUUUUGUUGAUAUAGUUAAAUAUCGUGAAAAGAUAUUGAAUCAACAAAAUGAUGAAAUUAACAAUGAUAUUCCAUUUCAGAAGGUUUAUAGGUCUCUUUUAACAUCCACCAUUCGUCAACCUUUUAUUAGCGCUAUAUUUCACCUCGAUGGCGUUCCACUUGGAAAAUCUAGCAAAUUAACUUUGUGGGUACUUUCCUGUUCCAUAUUAGAACUUCCACCUUAUCUACGUAAUCGACAUAGCAAUAUGAUUGUAAUUUCAAUGUGGGUUGGGGUUCGCCAACCAAUUAUCAAACUUUGGUUACGUGAGUGUGUUCAAAAUUUAAAAACACUUAAGUCAUCAGGUUUGUCGAUUCGUGAUGGACAAAAGUGGUUUUUGUACUUUGUUGGUAUUAUAGGCGAUUGUCCAGCAUUAAAACUAGCACUUAAUCAUAUCGGUAAUAAUGGAUAUUAUUGUUGUUGGUUUUGUAAAAUAGAAGGUAUUCAUAUUGGUAAAAAACGACAAUACCCAUUUGAAAAAACACCAACUAUGCGAAGUAUUAAUAGUUAUAUAAACGAAUCGAAAGAAGCUGAAGUAAAUGGUACAAAUGUGAAUGGUCAUCUUGAUGCUGCAUGGGCCAAAACAAUUUGGCAACAGAAGUAG